AUGGCUAUUUUUACUGACAUGGUCGAGAUGUUUGUGGAAAUGUUCAUGGAUGAUUUUUCUGUGUUUGGAUGUUCUUUUGAUAACUGCUUGAUGAAUCUCGAUAAAGUGCUUGCUAGGUUGCUCGAGAAAGAUGUCCCCUUCAAGUUCGAUGAUGCCUGUCUGAAAGCAUUUGAGGAGUUGAAGGGAAAGCUAGUGACUGCACCAAUUAUCAUUGCCCCGGAUUGGGGGCAACCCUUUGAGUUGAUGUGUGAUGCGAGUGACAUAGCUUUGGGAGCUUGGUAUGGGCGUUUGACAAGUUUAGAUCAUAUCUGGUGGGGACCAAAGUCACUGUCUACACAGAUCAUUCAGCUAUCAGAGAUCCGAGAUCGCAAAGGAACAGAGAAUCAAGUGGCUGAUCACUUGUCCAGAUUAGAAAAUCGGAACCAUGUAGCUGAAGGGGGUGCAAUCAAAGAAACAUUCCCUGAUGAGCAGUUGUUGGUAAUCACCUCAAGCACAGCCCCGUGGGUUGCACACGCCUUUGUUAAAAUGUAUGACAUGUGCCAAAGAACCGGAACGAUCACAAAGAAGCACGAGAUGUCGCUGCAAAACAUUCUGGUAGUGGAGCUUUGUGAUGUUUGGGGAAUUGACUUCAUGGGACCGUUUCCACACUCUAAUGGUCAUAGGUACAUCUUGGUGGCAGUCGACUAUGUAUCCAAGUGGGUUGAGGCCAUUGCUCUUCCCACUAAUGAUGCAAAGGUUGUGGUCAGCUUUGUCAAGAAGCACAUUUUCACACGCUUUGGAACUCCAAGGGUGUUGAUCAGUGAUGGAGGAACGCACUUCUGCAAUAAACUGUUGAACAAUGUUCUUCCAAAAUACGGAGUCAAGCACAAGGCCUCCACUGCCUACCACCCCCAGACGAGUGGUCAAGUGGAAGUGUCAAACAGAGAAGUAAAGCAGAUUCUUGAGAAAACAGUGACACCGUCAGGAGCAGCGUCCUCUUCAGGAACUGCCAGGUUGUCCCGGUUCACAGCAUUGGAGCAGGAGGUAGCUGGGCUACGCUCCUCAGUGACUGAUUUGGGCAUCCGUGUGGACGCGAUGGCUGACCGACAAGCCAAGUCGGAGAAGAAGUUCAUGGGUUGGCUGCGAGCUCUGGGACGUGCGUGCAACGUAAACCCAGACACCGUCUCCGACCAGAAGUGA